AUGGUCGAGGCCAUCGACAGUCCCACGGACAAUGUGUCAGAUUCUCCAACAACUUUUACUCAACCUUCAGCGAAGCCCGAGGAACUUGACAAAGCCUUCGCGAAACUUACUCCUACAUCUAAAUUACCAGGCAUCUGUAAAAAUAUUACAAAGAAUCUGAAGACAAAGCAUACAACGAGGCUGCAGACAUUAAUUCAUCGCAGACUUACACAUAGGAAUCAGAAACUCCUCGCCAAAUAUGAGAAACCAUACCUGAAAGAUCCUUUUAAUGAAGAAACUAUAAUAUGUGAAGACGAGAUUGAUGACAGUUUGUCUUCAGAUGAAGACGAGAAUGAUGUUGAAGGUGUUGCUUCAAAUCCAGCAGCUGUGCCGUAUCCGAAAGACAGUGAGUGGACUGCAGUUGACACCUACCGACCUCUGCCUGUCAACACGACACCCAGGCAGAUACUAGUGGAUAUUGAUGAGUCGAGUUCUGUACUGGAUUGCAGUAAAGUGUUCCUUACUGACAGUGACGUAAAUGAACUCAAGAGACAGACAAAUUUGUAUGCAUCACAGACAAUACAGAAGAAAAGAAGAGGAAAUAAUCUGAAGCCCCAUUCAGUUUUGAGUUCGUGGAAGCCAGUGACUAUAAGUGAGAUGAGGCGUUUCUUGGGUAUUAUUUUCCACAUGUGUGUUUCGAAAAAGCCAAAAAUUGCGGACCAUUGGAGCACUAAUCCUGUUCUUAGUUGUAACUUUUGUCCCCAUGUCAUGAGCCGUUUGCGUUUCACUCAGAUACUGUCAUGCUUGCAUCUUGUUGACAAUUCAAAUCAGAAAAAACCAGGCGAAGAUGGAUUUCAUCCACUUUACAAAGUUUUGCCAUAUUAUAAUAAUUUGAAGGAGCGAUGUAUCCAGGCAUAUCGUCCCUCAGAAAAAGUGACAAUUGAUGAAGGAAUUUGCCCAUUUCGAGGUCGUGUGAGUUUCCGUGUUUACAUGCAAAAUAAGCCUCAUAAGUAUGGACUGAAAGUAUAUGCUGUUGCUGAAGCCAGUAGUGGCUAUGUUGUAAAUUUUGAAGUUUAUGCUGGUAAGCAUAUUGUUGACAAUUCUUCGUCUGCGGUUAUUUUGCGAUUGUUGUCUGACAGCAGCUUGCUGAACAAAGGCCACACUGUGUAUUUAGAUCGAUUUUAUUCCAGUCCAGAGCUAUUUCAGCAACUGGCAGAGAAAGGCACUGGAGCUGUUGGUACUGUGAACAAAUCCAGGAAAGGAUUGCCUAAAGAUUUAGUAUCUGCUAAGCUGAAAAAGGGCGAAAUGUCUUUUCGGCGUAAAGAUAAUGUAUUGGCAAUGAAGUGGAAAGAUAAGAGAGAUGUGUAUACAUUGUCUACAAGGCAUCAAGCAACAUUUGGUACGCAUACUAAGAGAAAUGGGUCUGUAGUAUUGAAACCACUUCAGGUACUUGAUUACAACCUCAAUAAAAUUGGAGUGGAUAUUGGAGACCAACGCCUGCAGUACAAUCCGUUCCAGCACAGAACUGUGAAAUGGUGGCGAAAAUUAUAUUUCCAUUUGCUGCUUAUGGGAGUAUCAAAUGCAUUUUGGCUGUACAAUGCAGUGCACAGGAAGAAAAUUACAAUAACAGACUUUAUAACAGUGCUUGCAGUUCAGCUUGUUGAAGACGACACACUUGAAUUCAUUCCAAGAAAUGAAGGAACUGUAGGUCGGCUAACAAAGAGACAUUUUUUGCAGCACAUACCUGCAACUACUAAGAAGUAUGCUGCUCGUGUGUGUCACGUGUGCAGUUCCAGGAGCAAGAAACAGAGUGGCAAGGCUUCUCGACGUGUCAGCGAGAGUUCAUCAGCACAGUUCAUUGGGAGUUCAGCAGAGUUCAUCUUCGGUGGAGCUAUGUGUUCAGGAUUCCUUGACAACCAGCAGUUUAUCAUUGGCAGUCUGUAG